GUUUCAGGAGUUCGGCCGGAAGGCUGGGAGCUGUCGCUGCUCUCCUCUGGAACUGCAGACGAGCUGAACGCGCUGGCUUUGCAGCCGCAGCGCACGGCUGUUGAAUUUCUGCCGAGAACUGAACGAUUUCAAUCUGUUUUAGGUGUCUUUGUAUCCAGUGUUGUUCUGGUCUUACAACAGCGAGCACUUUUCAAGUUCUAUAUGAUCGCCUCGGCGUUCCUGCUGGCUGCGACUUCAGUGUUGGUGAAUUACUAUGCUGCUUUGCACAUCAAUUUCUACAGUGCCUACUACACAGCCGCGUUCGGAAUUCAGAUCUUCCCUCAUAAAGGACCUUCCCUAUGGAUGGCGCUUUCCAUCCUUCAGCUUACCUUUGGAAUCGGGUACGUUACGCUGCUCAACGUGCAGUCCGUAUACUCUCAGCUCAUCAUCCUGGAUAUCCUGAUCCCUGUCGUCGGCUUGGUGGCGGAGUUACCUGUAAACGUGCGGCAGGCGCUGGUUCUGGUUUCGGGCCUGGUUCUGACGCUGAAUACCACAGCCGUUUUACUGACCAGGAUGAAGUGGUUCUACUAUUCGGUGCGAUACGUUUACCUGCUGGUGAGGCACAUGUACCGCAUCUACGGAUUACAGCUGUUGAUGGAAGACACGUGGAAAAGGAUCCGCUUCCCAGCCGUCCUGCGUGUCUUCUGGCUGACGAGACUGACGGCACAAGCCGUGGUGUUAACCUACGUGGUGAAGGUGGCCGAAACUAAGCCGGGAGAGCAAUCCUUCCCAAUCUCGUGGGAGAACUGCUGGGAGUUGAUCUGCAGCCUGAUCAUAAGUGGGUGUGACUCGACGCUAACUGUGCUCGGCAUGAGCGCCGUCAUUUCCUCCAUAGCGCAUUACCUGGGACUCGGCAUCUUGGCCUUCAUUGGCUCCACCGACGAGGAUGACAAAAGGCUGGGUUUCGUCGCGCCCGUCUUGUUUUUCAUUUUGGCUCUGCAGACGGGUUUAAGUGGCCUGAAGCCAGAAGAACGACUGGUUCGCCUGAGUCGAAACAUGUGCCUUUUGUUAACCGCAGUCCUGCAUUUUAUCCACGGAAUGACAGACCCCGUGCUGAUGUCCCUCAGUGCCUCCCACGUGUCGUCGUUUCGCAGACACUUCCCCGUGCUCUUUGUUUCCGCCUGCCUUUUCAUCCUUCCGGUUCUGCUCAGUUACGUCCUCUGGCAUCACUACGCACUGAACACAUGGCUGUUUGCAGUGACAGCCUUCUGUGUAGAGCUUUGCCUAAAAGUAAUCGUUUCUAUCACUGUGUACCUGUUGUUUAUGAUUGACGGCUACUACAACGUGCUUUGGGAAAAACUUGACGAUUACGUUUAUUACGUUCGUUCAACUGGCAAUAUUAUUGAGUUUAUCUUUGGAGUGAUAAUGUUCGGAAACGGGGCUUACACGAUGGUUUUCGAGUCGGGAAGCAAGAUUCGCGCUUGCAUGAUGUGUCUGCACGCGUACUUCAACAUCUACCUGCAAGCAAAGAAUGGCUGGAAGACUUUCAUAAACCGCCGGACCGCCGUUAAGAAAAUAAACUCGCUUCCGGAGGUCAAGGGAGGUCGGUUACGCGAAAUCGAUGACGUCUGCGCCAUCUGCUACCACGAGUUCACCACCUCGGCGCGCAUUACUCCGUGCAACCAUUACUUCCACGCACUUUGUCUCCGGAAGUGGCUGUACAUCCAGGACACCUGCCCCAUGUGCCAUCAGAAGGUGUAUAUUGAGGACAAGGAAAAUGCCAAUAUCGCUAACAACAACGGGUUCGUGGCACCGAACGAACAUCCCGCACGAGCUGCGGAAGAAGCCGCUGAUGCUGAAAAUGAAUUCAAUGAAGACAAUGACAGUUCUGAGAGCGACGGGGAAGACGACGACUGCGUGGCACAGCACUUGAACGAGACUCUUAACGUUAACUCUCUUGGUGACUGAGAUGUCCUUUGCCGAGCCAUGAGGUAUUUAAGGUUGACUUCAGUGGAAUAAAAGUAUCGCUCUGUCGUUAUUGUACUUAAGCACAACAGCAGUAUCUCAGUGUUGAGUCUGUGAACGGUGGUUGUUUACUGUGGUGUGUGCUACUGUAAAUAUACCUCUAAUUUUUGCUGGUCUCUUUCAUGACCACCUUAAAAUUAUGUACAUUAUUGUACAUGGAAUAAAAUGUUUUCACAUGUUU